CACCACCACCACGAGCACCAUCUCGGCCGCCUCCUACGCCGCCGAGCUGACCAAGCAACAAUAACAGCAACAACAACAAUAACAAUAACAAACACAAUUCCGCAAAUCCGCACCCCUCAGCCUCUAGCCAGCGGCAACGGCAUCUACCAGCGCUUCCACCACCCCGGACUAGCGCUCACCCCUUGUCCCGCCCAUCUCCCUCCCUCCCUCCUCGCCACCAUUACAUACGACUUUGCGACCGUGCUGCCCAUGGCCUCGUCCUCGGCAGCGAUACCCGCUGAGCCCAAAGCCAAGCGCACUCACGCGCGGCGAUCAUGCGACCUGUGCAAGAUUCGCAAAACGCGCUGCGAGCUGCCCGACCUCGACGUGCCGUCCUCGUCCGACCCUCUGCCCGUCGACAAGUCGUGCCACCGAUGCAAGGUGCUGGCUCUGCCCUGCGUCGUCGACGACAGCCGCAUGAAGAAGCGGCGCAAGAAGGACUCGCUCCCGAUCGGCGCUGUGGGGCCGGGGCCGUCCUCGUCAGCCUCGGCGGCAUCAAAACGCGCAUCGGCGUCGUCCGGCCGGACUCCAAGCGAGGGGUUCCAAAAGCGCUCCCGCUCCUCUCUUAGCCGCCCGAGCUCGGGGGGACGCAGCGCAGACGACUGGGGACCGGUCAACGUCGUCAACUACGAUGUGGACGUGUCCGCCGCCUUCCAGAUCACGAUCACGCCGACGUUCGUCCAGCCCCAGCCGCAAUGGGGGUCGCCGCAGGGAAGCACCACAUCGGGCCGACAAUCGGCCCCUCUCCCUGCCCCGCCGAGAAAUGUCCGCCUCCACGGCCGCCCCCUCUCCCUCAUGGGCGCCUUACUCAGCGUCGCUUCCGGCAAUACCUACGGAAACGUCAAGCGGCGCGUGGUCAUCGUGGACGACGUCGACCUCGAUCAGCUCAUAGAUGCGCGCUUGCGCGUCCGCCUCGGGCCCGGGUACGCCCAGCUCCGGACAUUCCACCCGCACCUGCAGCCCCUCGCAGAUCUGUUCAGCAUCUUGCGCGAGACGCCCGGCGAUCUCUGCGUGCAGCUGCUCCUCGCUACUGCGGUGUAUGUGGCGUCGCUGUCUCUGGGGCCUGACCCCGAGGCGCAGGUGCUCCGCGACCAGCUGGCGCCGACGAUCCAGAACCUGCAGUACAACGUCCUCGCGCACCAGCCGGGGUCGUUCCAUGCGAUCCAAGCGCUCGAGGUGCUGACGCUGCACGCGCCACUCUCCCCCGCGCUUCCGCUGCAGCUCAUGGACCCGUCGUCGCUGGGCGCGGCGCGCGGUGUGAUCGGUGUGGCGCUCAACAUCGCCAACAGCCUCAACUUCAACGCCAUGGUCAACGGGCCGCUCGAGCGCUGGCCCAACCCCGACUUCUGGCUGUGGCUUGGGCUACGGGCGGGCGAAGCCCAAAUGGCGUUCGAAGACGAGCGGCCCAGAAAACCCGCGCUGCUCGGCGAAGCGCGCGCGCUCACGUGGGCACUGACGUCGCCCGAAAACGACCAGCAGUGGGUGUCGGCGGCGUCGAUGGACGACCCGGCCGAGCUGUUGGGCAAGCUCGCGGUCGCGGACCGGCUGGCCCGGUUGGAGGAGCUGCACGACACGUACGGCCGCCUGCGCGGCAUCUUGGACACGGUGGCGGGCGCGGCGGACUGCGACGGGCAGCACGUCAUCCAAGACGAGAUAGAGGGGUACACCGCGCGCCUGGGGGAGAUUGACCGCCGCCACGACAACAUCCUGGGCAUGUUGGCCGGCGCGUGGGCGCGCGCGGCGGACGCGAAAGGCGUGCUGGCGCCGGCAUCGCUCGCGGCCGGCUGGAAGGCGUACCGCGCCAUCCGGCGCAUGUGGGAGAUGAUGAAGGUCUACCUCGUCGCGUUCCAAGCGCUCGUGGCGCUCCACUACCUCCCCGGAUCGAUGCACGCGACCAGCGGCCUCCCGACGCACUUUGCGCCGGCGCAGGCGAUCCACUAUGCGUUCUCGCGCGCCAACAACCCGCACGACAUCCUCCUCGCGUUCGCAUCGACCACGCGCGCCGCCGACGACAUGCGCAACCUCUCCAAGUUCCGGGGCGUCCAAGCCGAGCGGCUGCUCAACGCGUUCAUCGAGCUCGCGCCCGCCCUCGUGCCGAGCAUGGGCGGCGCCGCCCUCGUGCCCCUGCACGACGUCAUGGCCAUGGUCGUCGAGUGCGCCAAGGGGUUGAUGGAACAACGCGCCUCGAGCCUGACAUACCACCGGUCGGUGCGCACGCUGCCCCCGACAAUCCCGCUGCCGAGCUGGGCGGGCUCGCUGUCGCAGAUCUCCCAAAUCCUGCGCGGCCUCAGCGACCUGCGCGUCGAGCACGACGACAACCCGGGCAGCGGGGAGAGCGUCGCGAACGGGUGCAGCAAUCUCCUCGGCUCGAUGGUGCGCAUCCUCCAAGAAUGGUCGGCGAUGGUCGAGCGCGACGGGGGCAUGGGCAUCCCUGUGCUGGCGUCGCUCGCGACGCUCGGCCCCCAAGCGCCGCCGCGCUUCGGCCUCCCCGAAACGCAGAGCCCGACGGCGAUCGGCGACCUCGCCGACACGCCCAUGCGCAGCGCCUCGACGGGCGCACUCGACGCCGCCGGCUUCUACAUGCCCUCAGACAGGUGGAUGGCCGACGAGCGCUCCAUGUCCCUGCCCCCGCAGUCGUCGCUCAGCACCCCCGUCCUCUCCGCGCCAGAGUACACGCACAUGGUGAUGGGCGCGGGCGCGGGCGCGGGCGUCCCCGGCCCCGGCUCCGGCCCACCGCCGCCGGGACCCGACCCGCACGAGUACUCCCCCGCUUUCGACCUCUUCGGGUUCACGUACCCCGGCGUGCCGCACGCGCCGAGCGCGUUCGACCCGCGCGCCCAAAUCGCGCUCCACGGACACUUGCCUCUCGCACGCACGCCGCCUGCAGUCGGCCCCGGCCCCGGCCCCGGACCAGGACCAGGACCAGGACCAGGCCAUGGCCCCGGCGCCGCGUUCAUGCAGCCGCAGCCGCGGUAUGACGAGUAGGACACUGACAAUGAACAUGCAUGUAUCAU